AUUAAAGCUGCGGUGGCGCGCGGCUCGCGCUCGUUUCACCCCUCGAAAGAAGACACGUGAACCGUGACCACGUGGAUCUGUGCGCGACACACGAGCACGAGCUUCCCGCGAAAGCUCCACGGUGGCUCGAAGGUAGUGUUCUGGUUCCUGGCUGACAAUUGAGGGAUUGUGGAUUGCCAACCGUGGACGCGAGAACAACCGUCAACCUGGAGCCCACGUGUCAAAAACGACGGAAAUGUGAGGCCGACGGAAAGGAGGCGAAGGCGGAGCUGCCACAACGCAAUAUGUUCCCUAGCGCUCAAAUUAAAAUGAGAUUGCUGUCGCCAAGCAGUUCGCCGGCCACGUCGCCCACAAUGUCGAAUUCCUCAUCGCCGACGCCUCCGACGCCGGCCGCGCCGGCCUACAACCAGAAGAUGACCGGAAUACCCUGCGUGGCGGCUGCUUCCAGGUACACGGCCCCGGUUCACAUCGACGUAGGCGGUACAAUAUACACGUCCUCGCUGGAAACGUUGACGAAAUAUCCGGAAUCGAGGUUAGCAAAAUUGUUCAAUGGCAGCAUCCCCAUCGUUCUAGACUCCCUGAAGCAGCACUAUUUCAUCGACAGGGACGGAGGGAUGUUCAGACACAUACUGAAUUUUAUGAGGAACUCCCGUCUCCUUAUACCGGAGAACUUUGCCGAUUUGGAUCUGCUGCUGGAAGAAGCGCGGUACUUCGACAUUGCACCCAUGUGCAGGCAGCUGGAGCAGAUGAAGAAGGAGCGCAUAAAAAAUGGCUCGACGACGACGACGACGACGAUGUCCUCGUCCUCGCCGAGUCCACCGCCGUCCAACCAACUGGGUAGCCGCGGAACGGGGUGCACGACGGUGCCCUGCAACCGGGACACCGACAAGCUUCGCAACAACGACGGAAAUUGUAACUACGAGUGCGUCGCCCUCCACGUCAGCCCAGAUUUAGGCGAACGAGUGAUGCUGUCGGGAGGUCGAGCGCUGCUCGACGAGGUGUUCCCAGAAACUACCCAAGCUGUGAUCGACGCUAGGUCAGGAGUCGCCUGGCACCAACAGGAUGCCCGUCACGUGAUCAGGUUCCCAUUGAACGGAUACUGCAAGCUGAACUCCGUCCAGGCCAUCGCGAGGCUUCUGAACGCUGGUUUCCGCGUGGUGGCCAGCAACGGCGGCGGCGUCGAGGGACAACAGUUCUCGGAGUACCUGUUCGUCCGACAAGCCGUCAACACCUGACGGAGCACUGCGCACCAGCGCAAAACGAGCUCGAGGACGGUUCGUUGCAUCCAACGCGACCACGACCCCGAGUGAGUUGUCCAGGAGAAGACUCGUCAAGACUGCGUCACGGGCUAAUGAUUCGAUCGUUUCUGGCGACGAUACUGAGCUUUCGGGGAUCGUUUGACUGAUGUCGCAAUCGUGCGCUUGUUCUCGUUCCCCAGGUCGAGACAGGUGAUGGAAGGGACUGUAUCUUAUGAAUGAGUUCGAGGAAGGAAAAAGAAUUGUUUGACUGAAUGGUUUGGGGAUCAUUCCUUGUAGGAAAAAUAUGUUGCAUUGUUUGAUCCUUUUGAUAAUCUUACGACAGAGUAGAAGGAAACUAUAUUGUUAAUAUAAUUUUCCCAUGGUUUUACACUACCGUGAUAGCUGCUCAAAAAGGUAAUGAAGAAGUCAAUCUAGGAGUCCGGAAAAUUAGAGUGAUAUUUGAAUUUUUUUUUAACCAGUCGGCUGUGGCGUCCUCUUUUUAGAGGGCGCAUCUAUGUGUAUCGUGAGAAUCAAGCUACGAUAGGUAUAGUCGUCAAACACAGAGUAAUAUUGGAUCGCAAAGAUGGCUGUGUAUCAGGUCGUCCCAAAAAUGCAUGCCACUUAUGUUUCUGCUACUGAAAUUAAUAUGUGAAACAUACUCUUAAAUAACCAAUGGUAAAUCAAUUUUACGCAUGACGAGUAUAAUCGUCAAUCACAGAUGACUGAUUAAGAAAACUAUUAAACAUACCAGUUUGACAUUUAUUACAUACAUUUAUGCAUGUUUCGUGAAUGUACGUAAAUUUAGUCAAGUAUCAUUAUUCGUUUUUGUUGGAUACCUGGUUGAUUCACUGACGGAACGACUAGAUUAAAUAAUCAUCGCGUUCUUAGAGGGCAUUCAAGAUCGCCUGAAACUCAAUUUAUAAAUAAUGCACGUAACACGGUCAAACUUCCCUCGAUUCAGGUUUCCGGCGAAUCGAAUGCCUAAACGUUUCUCGUUACCGGAAGUUCGAGCGUACGGUAACGCAGAGCUGGAAUUUGCGAAGUCUGUAAUUCGCGAUGACGAAAUUACCGUUAAAAUUGUUUCAAUAUCUCGGCGAAUAUUGGGUUUGGUAACGAAAUCGUCGCAGUUACAUGUCGUCGAACGGUAUCAUUACGCACGAACGUGACCCACUUAUGCUUAAGAACCUCGGGUGCGCCGGUCCUCGCGUUGAUCUUAUUUAAUAAGGUGUACCUAUAUGUAUUUAAAUGCCAUACUAAUUACUGUAAAUACCGCGAUAUAUAUUAUAUAUAUAAAUAUAAAUAUUCUAUGUACUUUAUUGCCGAAACUUGGACGCGGGAACGCUCGACAACGAAAUUAAUUCGCGUUGAUCUCAUCGAUUUGUCGACCUCAUCUCUUCAAGGACGAAUUUAUCAGGAUUGAAGAAAAAUUAUUUAAUUGGACUCGUUGAAAACGUUGAUAAAGUGUUUACGCCAGAAUGGGAAUUGAAAAAAAAAACACUAAACGUAGAUGUAUCCUUGAAGAAAUUGAACUCCCGUCUCCAUAGUAUUGGCGAAUCAAACACGAGAGGAUCGAUCGAAGAGCACCAAUGAUCGAGUUUAUCGAUAGAUUAUCCCGAGUGAUCGAGACUUUGUCGAAGUCUCGCGUGACUUCCGGCUCGGUUGUUUCGGUUAUAUUAUGAUUUACACGGAGAAGAAUAGUUUCUAAUCGACAGAACACUUACUGCGAUAAAUACCGUUUCGAUUGAUUUAAUAAAAUGUUUAUUACU